UAUGUGGUCACUCCGAUGUCCGGAGACCUUCUGCAUUAUCGCGCAUACAUUCGUGUACUGUAAUCGAGGGAAAUCUCCUAAUCACAAUCGGGUUGCGCUCUCUUCGCGUGAUCCAACGUGGUGGAGUGCGUGUUGAUCUGAACACAAACCUUUGCUAUGUCAGAACUGUAAAUUGGUCGUAUAUUGUUGGGAAUCAGACAGCGGCAGCUGCGCCUAUCCGUUUGUUGACCAAUCGACUAAUAUGUCCGGACACGUGUCAACCACAGUAUGUGGGCAGUAGUAUUCAGGCGAUGACCCAGGUUGAGACGAAAAGGAUAUCACUUCGCGAAAAGGACAGUAAACCAAGUCAUUGCUGGUCAUCAUCACACGUCCAGUCAAUUUGUUCCACCUCCUGUUCAAAUCGCGGGCUUGCCUGUAGAGUUGAUAAUGUGGAACUUUGUUGCCACGUCGAGUGCCUAGCUGGCUGCUAUGAUUCCGGCCCUGGAGCCUGCGUUGCCUGUAAGGGGGCUCUUCACCACGGCAUUUGCGUAUCGAAGUGUCCAGAAGGUACCUACCUCUUCCACGGUCGCCGUUGUGUUUCCGCGGCAGAGUGCUUCAAUAUGAGCAGCGGCCCCAGACUCCCUUCCGUACUAAGCAGCAGUAGCAGCGUCACAACUGCUGUCGAUUCCACCUCUACGACGACAACCGGCCGAUUCGCCAUUUAUCAAGGCCGGUGUGUACCUGAUUGCCCUUCGGGUCACCAGCGCAACGAGGCAAGCGGUGAAUGUCUACCGUGCGGUGAUAAGUGUCCCAUAAUUCGAUGCCACAGCAUGUUGAUAAGCAGCCUGAAAUCGCUUUCCAAACUGAAAGAUUGCUAUUCCGUCACUGAUCUCUAUAUCUCAAUUCACGAGGGCGACCCUGCUCUGAUUAAACAAAGGUUCGAUGAGGCCUUCUCCAGCCUUCGAGAGGUCAAAAGCAUAAAAGUAAUUCGAGCGUCAGCUCUCACCUCUCUGGCUUUUCUGCGGCACGUUCGACGCAUCAACACCAAUCCGAGCCUACCACCAAACACGACUGUGCUAGAAAUCAGAGGAAAUGACAACCUCGUGGAGCUCUGGCCACCGCCCUCUCAAAACGACUCGCUGAGUGGUGGUGGAGGACUAAGGGUAGUAUCCGAAGGCCUCGUCCACUUUAUCCUCAAUCGGUAUCUCUGUCCUCAAAAAAUUAUCGACCUCGUUAAAUCAGGCGCUCUUAUUCUUCCGGGUGGUCGUAAUUUUCGCUCCGAGGAACUAGAACUCGCUCAGGCCACUAAUGGGAAAUUGGGAUUCUGUGAAACUACGCAAAUUGUGCUACAACUUAAAGAAGUCUUCUCCACCACUGCGAUUAUCCAAUGGCCGCGUGUCUUCAGCAGUCGUCCAACUGGUCAAACCACGUCAACAUUCGUACUUGUCUUUUUUCAGGCCACGACCAAAAACCUUACUGCAUACUCGAGCCGUCUAUCUUGCGGUGACGAUUCGUGGAAGAUGAUUCCCUCUGUUUGCAAUGCGUCAGUGGUGCAAUCUGUUCUGAGCGACGGCGUGGCCUUCUGCAGCAAAACCAUCGGCCAACUGAAGCCGGCCACCCGGUAUGCAGUUUACGUGGAAUCUAAACCCCUCUUUAGUCAGCGAGGCGCCAUAAGCAACAUAAUCUACUUUACUACGAAACCCAGUAACCCAUCACCUCCACGACUUGAACGACUCCAAGCUCUGAAUGACUCCAAGAUUUUGGUUAAGUGGUUGCCCCCUCUUCAAAGCAACGGUCGCUUAGCCGUGUAUGCGCUUUGGUUUCGAGCUACACACGUCGACCCCGAGCCGUAUCUCCUCCGAGACUUUUGUUUUUCCACGCCUGAUUGGCUGUCUUCCUCAAUCUCGCCAUCCCACUACGUCGGAUUGUCUCGCCUGACAGGCAUAUUUUGGUCAGUAGUUAAACAGGGUGUCUGCGAUACACAGCAGUGUAAGGUCAAUGGUUUUCACCGCAGUCUUUGGAUGGUAGACUCACACGACGCCACUCUUCCCGUUGUUUUUGGCAACCGUUUGUCGAGGACCCUGGGUGAUGGAGAAGUGGGUCUUGUUGUGGUGAAUGCGGACAGCGACGCAGAGCCCUCAGAGGCCCUUGGUCUUCAGCCCCAGAUCAAUAAAAAGUCCUUCUCUUAUACCCUAAGCAACCUUCGUAGCUUUUCUCAGUACGUCGUUGAACUCCAGGCUUGUCAGCAACCGGACGAAGAUUCCGAUUUCCCCUGGCGUGAUUUGAUGAUCGCAAAUUCCAACGUGGUGGGUAAACCAGGGGGUCGAUGGGACAGCUACUUGUGGCGUUACUGUAGCCACCGAGUUUUCAAGACUCAGAGGACGCUGCCCAAUGCCGGGGCGGAUGAUGUGAACGUGGAAAGUAUAAAAUCGGAGCAGGACUCUGCGGGAACUGUGUAUGUGUCGUGGGCUGAACCACCAAAUCCGAAUGGCGUCAUUCUCUACUACGUUCUGCGCUAUCGACGUGUUGAAAAAGCCGCGCCAAAAAAAGCAGGCGAUGUCGACAGUCAACCGAUUGGUCAAAACAAGUCAGAUGGGGCAAAACCUUCGGCCUCCUCUUCUUGGUCAACGCUUUGUGUUUCUCGGGCCAACUGGCAAUCAGCCGGCGUUCCGGGCGGAUCUCAGCGUCAUCUUCGUUUGCUUGGCAAAAGAAAUGCCUCCGCUCCCUUAGUGGCUCAAAAUCUGAGUCUCGGUGGGGCGGAACUUCUCAAUCUCCUGCCAGGGUUCUACGAACUGCAGAUCAUGGCUGUUUCGCUGGCUGGCAAUAGUUCCUGGACUGCGCAGUUGCUCUUUGAGGUCAAAACGUCUCCAAGGGAUAAAAUAAUAAUGGUGGCUGCCAUAUGCGUCGCUGUCCUGUCUGUGCUAAUGACUUCAGUCAUCGCCUGCAUAAUUCACCGAGUUCGCAAAAAGCGCCUGAUGGAUUCCGAAUGGCAAUCUCCAAACCCGGAGUACUGGCACGUCUAUGAAGUGGAUGACUGGGAAAUGCGAUUGGAGGACAUCGAUACACUGAACUUCCGUCAUCCUCUUGGUCGAGGUAAUUUCGGAAUGGUCUACCGUGGUGUUGUGAAGACACUACGCACACCGGCCCGUUGUUUCUACCCUCAGCCUUACAAUAUCCCAGUAGCCAUUAAGACACUGUCGUCAACCAGCACCGUCUUCGACCGCCGCGACUUUAUCACUGAGGCCUGCUAUAUGAAGCAGUUUCAGAGUUUCCACGUUGUUCGAUUGUUUGGCGUAGUGAGCAAAAGUUCGCCUCCGUCAGCCUUUAGGGCUUCCAGGCGAGGUGGAGGCGAUGGCCUACAGAAGCGAUUUCGUCUAAACCUCAGGCGUCUUUUCGGCGGCGCACUUUCCUGUUCGCGACGACAAACGAGUCGCCAGGCAGUGCCAGUUCCGAUUAGAAAAAGACCAUUAGGUUUCUCUUCGGACGAGACUGUCCCCGAGGUCUGUGAGAAUGCUGGUUCCCAUACGCCACCCCAUCCACUUGUUUCUACGACAUCAUCGAGCAAAAUUCGUGGACCGGAAUCUCCUGUUGGAGGCGUAAAUGGGCCAGCAGCGAAACAAGACGGCCUGAGAAGCGGAUGGUUUCCACAAGGUAUUCUGUCUUCGGCUGUUCAAAAAUGUUCCAGUACCGAUUCGAUCAAGCUCUUUUCCCAAUACGGCCUGUUUGUUGUGAUGGAACUUAUGGAGAACGGGGACCUGGCGUCUUACCUGCGGGAGCUGGGUGACAGCGGGAUCGGUUUCGUGAAACCCGUACAGGCUUACCUCUGGGCUGUUCAAAUAGCCGAUGGGAUGGCAUAUCUCGAGCGAAAAAAAUAUGUUCACCGCGACCUGGCUGCCCGCAACUGUCUCGUUGACGGCCGAGGUGUCGUGAAGAUUGGCGAUUUUGGCCUUUGUCGCGACAUAUACGAAAGAAACUACUAUCACAAGGUGGGAGCCGGAAAGUUGCCUGUUCGAUGGAUGGCGCCAGAGUCUCUGCAGUCGGCUUACUUUACUUCUCGGUCCGAUGUGUGGUCGUUUGGUGUUGUGCUCUGGGAGAUUGCUACAAUGGCGUGCUUGCCCUACCAAGGAAUGUCACAUGAAGAGGUGAUUGCGUAUGUUCUGGAUGGAAACACGCUAGUCUCCGGUGGAGCUCCCAUAAACUGCCCUCCUUUGCUACAAUCCGUAAUGCUUUACUGUUGGGCAUACCGUCCAGCGCAACGGCCUACAUUCCUGCACCUUCUGUUUUUGCUUGCGCCGCGAUUUGCCGACGCUGAUUUUCGUCAGGCAAGCUACUUUUAUGUCGGCGACACCCUUACCCAACAACCACCUCCUUAUCAAGAUCUCGAAAAUUCCUUUUCUUCCAACUCAUCAUCCGCUGCCGGUUUUUCCGAUCUGCCGAACCUUAUUAAGACAGUUCUCGGUCCACCCCACCUAUACCAUGACAAUGAAUCUGGUGGGAGCAACACUAGCCUCUCGGACGGUUCGCCACCAACUUCAGGGGCCCCCGCUUCACACUUAGACAGUACACCCAACACGCAGCAGCGGGUUACAGGUGGUGUUGACCGAUGCUCUCUUGAUGACGCCGACACAUCAUCGUGUUAA